AUGUUCUCUUCCAGAAUGUUCUCCUGGGACUUUUGUUUACUUGACACGUGCUCCAACAUUACAGUAUAUGACACCAUCAGAACCUUCAGUUUACUUGACACGUGCUCCAACAUUCCAGUUUAUGACACCAUCAGAACCUUCAGUUUACUUGACACGUGCUCCAACAUUCCAGUUUAUGACACCAUCAGAACCUACAGUUUACUUGACACGUGCUCCAACAUUCCAGUUUAUGACACCAUCAGAACCUUCAGUUUACUUGACACGUGCUCCAACAUUCCAGUUUAUGACACCAUCAGAACCUUCAGGUUACUAGACACGUGCUCCAACAUUCCAGUUUAUGACACCAUCAGAACCUACAGUUUACUUGACACGUGCUGCAACAUUCCAGUAUAUGACACCAUCAGAACCUACAGUUUACUUGACACGUGCUGCAACAUUCCAGUAUAUGACACCAUCAGAACCUACAGUUUACUUGACACGUGCUGCAACAUUACAGUAUAUGCCACCAUCAGAACCUUCAGUUUACUUGACACGUGCUCCAACAUUCCAGUUUAUGACACCAUCAGAACCUACAGUUUACUUGACACGUGCUGCAACAUUCCAGUUUAUGACACCACCAGUUUCAGAACCUCCAGUAUAGUUUACUUGACACGUGCUGCAACAUUCCAAACCUUCAGUUUACUUGACACGUGCUGCAACAUUACAGUUUAUGACACCAUCAGAACCUACAGUUUACUUGACACGUGCUGCAACAUUCCAAUAUAUGACACCAUCAGAACCUACAGUUUACUUGACACGUGCUGCAACAUUACAGUAUAUGACACCAUCAGCACCUACAGUUUACUUGACACGUGCUCCAACAUUCCAGUUUAUGACACCAUCAGAACCUUUAGGUUACUAGACAAGUGCUGCAACAUUCCAGUAUAUGACACCAUCAGAACCUACAGUUUACUUGACACGUGCUCCAACAUUACAGUAUAUGACACCAUCAGAACCUUUAGGUUACUAGACAAGUGCUGCAACAUUACAGUAUAUGACACCAUCAGAACCUUUAGUUUACUUGACACGUGCUGCAACAUUCCAGUUUAUGACACCAUCAGAACCUACAGUUUACUUGACACGUGCUGCAUCAUUACAGUAUAUGACACCAUCAGAACCUUUAGUUUACUUGACACGUGCUCCAACAUUACAGUAUAUGACACCAUCAGAACCUACAGUUUACUUGACACGUGCUCCAACAUUCCAGUAUAUGACACCAUCAGAACCUUCAGUUUACUUGACACGUGCUCCAACAUUACAGUAUAUGACACCAUCAGAACCUUCAGUUUACUUGACACGUGCUCCAACAUUACAGUAUAUGACACCAUCAGAACCUACAGUUUACUUGACACGUGCUCCAACAUUCCAGUUUAUGACACCAUCAGAACCUACAGUUUACUUGACACGUGCUCCAACAUUCCAAUAUAUGACACCAUCAGAACCUACAGUUUACUUGACACGUGCUGCAACAUUCCAAUAUAUGACACCAUCAUAACCUUCAGUUUACUUGACACGUGCUGCAACAUUACAGUAUAUGCCACCAUCAGAACCUUCAGUUUACUUGACACGUGCUGCAACAUUACAGUAUAUGCCACCAUCAGAACCUUCAGUUUACUUGACACGUGCUGCAUCAUUACAGUAUAUGACACCAUCAGAACCUUUAGUUUACUUGACACGUGCUCCAACAUUACAGUAUAUGACACCAUCAGAACCUUCAGUUUACUUGACACGUGCUCCAACAUUCCAGUAUAUGACACCAUCAGAACCUUUAGUUUACUUGACACGUGCUCCAACAUUCCAGUAUAUGACACCAUCAUAACCUACAGUUUACUUGACACGUGCUGCAUCAUUACAGUAUAUGACACCAUCAGAACCUUUAGUUUACUUGACACGUGCUGCAACAUUACAGUAUAUGACACCAUCAGAACCUACAGUUUACUUGACACGUGCUGCAACAUUACAGUAUAUGACACCAUCAGAACCUACAGUUUACUUGACACGUGCUGCAACAUUCCAGUAUAUGACACCAUCAGAACCUACAGUUUACUUGACACGUGCUCCAACAUUCCAAUAUAUGACACCAUCAGAACCUACAGUUUACUUGACACGUGCUCCAACAUUCCACUACUUGUGAUGUUACUACGGGUAACUGCUCCAGCUGUACGGGUGGCUACACGGGACCUCAGUGUAUAG